CCCUCCCGCCCUCCAUAUUCAUGCUACGCGGGUCUCCCACCGACAGAUGUUCCGCGUCCAGCAGCCCCGCCGAAAAACAACCCUCCUUUAAAAAAGAAAAACAUAACAAAAAUGUUCCACCGUACCACCGGAGACUCUCGUAUGCGCGUCCUGGUCAAGCUGCCUUCAUAGGACCUGAGGCGACAUCGUUAGGCUCCCGCCUGACCUCCAGCCGGACGUUCCGGGGUGGGAGCGCUCCGAUGGGGACCAGCUGCUGUCGCCCAGAGAGUCCCUGUGGCAGCGCAGAGGAGCGAAGCGGUUUGCUCAAAGAUGACACCAAGGCCGUCGGGGCCGCAGGCCACUUGGCGGCGGCGGCGGCGACCGGCGGCACGUGGGGGCCGCAAGGAGACGACAACAUAAGGAAGACAACCGACGAUGUCACAAUAAAGGCAGAAGCCGUUGAUGGCGUGCAGGUGACGGUUCUUCCUGAAUCCGGCGCGUCCGAACCGAUUAUUGCACGGGAAAACGGAUCCUUGCAGAGGGAAGCCGUGCCCUCUUCCGCACCUUCUCCCAACAAAACCGCCACACUCGCAGAGCACGCCAUCGGAGAAGAAAAUAUGGGGACAUUUAUGGACAAAAACAGAUCGUCUGAGCUCCUGCAGGAAGUGAACUAUCAGUGGGAAGAUGGCGACGGGCAUUGGGCCUCAUCCACACAGGAUAAAAUGCAAGACGGCGGCAUGCAAGAAGCCCAAAUGUCUCCUCGCAAAGACGCAAACAUGCCAGAUGUUUGCCGCCGUGACGACGACGGCGAUGGCGGCUCCAAAGGGGCAAACACCUUCACGCUGCUGAUGGAGCUUCGUAGGAAGAAUAAAGAAGCGUUAUCUUCACGCAACACUCAGGGGGCGCCCAUGGCCGCAACGUGUCAGGAGAACACAUUUGAGCCAAACUGUUUAUUGAACGAGGACUCUGAAGACAGCAACUCUUCAGCGUUGAGGUCUGGCCAGGACGAAAAAGGCCACGACGCUUCUGUCGAGCCCACUGAAGCGAAACUCGGCGGUGAAGAGAGACGCCCUGCACACUUUAACGACGUGGAGACGCUGACCACUACGCCAGAAGACGCCAGCAGCCCGCAUGCAGCGAAGGAAAACCAGCAGGAAAACAUCUACCAGUAUGCUGUAGAGGAUCAAGACGGAGGUCGCCCGGCGGCCAUGGAGGGCGAGGAGAGGAUGGAGGAGGUGGAGAAGAUGGAGGGCGAGGAGAAGAUAACGGAGGAGGUGGAGAACGAGCCCAUGGAGGUUGAGGAGAAAACUGGUGGAACUCCACAAGGGCUCGUAGAAGAAGUCAGACCCGCUGAAAGCAGCUUGAGGAGCAGUGAAGAAGAUCUCUACAGAGCAGAGGAGCUGCCAUCGUCUCACAAUGACACACAAGCAGCGCCGUUAGAAUCCACAACACUGGAGGCCCGAUGCAGUUUGGGCCCGGUCGUGGACAUUUUGUUCUACAGCGAGAGAGAAUGGAGAGGCAACACGGCCAAAAGUGCUCUCAUUAGAAGGGGUUACAAGGAGCUGUCGCAGUGCUUCGCCGGCGUGCGUCAAGUGCGGGGGGACAACUACUGCGCCCUGAGGGCCACCUUGUUCCAGGUGCUCUCUCAGGCUUCUCAGGUGCCCGCGUGGCUUCAGGAAGACCACAACGACGUGGACGAGCUUUCGCAGGAGCUGUCAGAGCUCAUGGCUCAGUGGACGUUUCCGGGCGAGGAUCAAGCGCAACCAUACGUCACCCAGCGGCUUCAAAGCUACCUGGAGAUCCUCCGGAACAAGUGGCGUGCGGCUGUGUGCUGCCCUUCGCCCGCAGACCGCCAACAACUGUGCGACGACGUCUUCCAGGGCGGCGAGGAGGAGCUGGCCAUGCUGGAGGCGCUCAAGCUGCUUAUGCUGCGCCGCGCCGCCCAGCUGAACGCCGGCAUGCGCGCCGGCCGCGACGUGCCGCUCUUCUGCUGGCUGCUGUUUGCGCGCGACUCCUCCGACUGUCCGAGCACCUUCCUCGCAAACCACCUCAGCCGUGUGGGCGUCAGCGCCGGACUGGAACAGGUGGAGAUGUGCCUGCUGGGCGACGCCUUAUGCUGCACCCUGCAGGUGUACCGCCUCUACAUGGCCGACACCGAGGAGUUCGUGGCCUACUAUCCCCACGAGCACAAGGACGACUGGCCCCGCGUCAGCCUCGUCACUGAGGACGACCGCCACUACAACGUGCCCGUCGCCAAGGUGGCCGAAAAGGAGAAUGAGGAAAUGGAAGAGGAGGAAGUGGCGGCGGCCAGCUGAGAAGUGCUCCUCCCAUGCAAACCCCAAAAACCUCAGGUCCGUCUUGGUUUUUUGUUUUUUUUUACCGACACUGGAAUCAUCGCUCUUUUUAGAUCGACUUCAUUAAUUUAUUCUUUUAAUCUGGACUGUUGUCGAAAGAAGAAAUCAGGUGCUCGCAUCACAUGACUGUGGGUUUUUUUUUUUUUCUACAAGCAUUGUGCAUAACGCGUUGCCUUUUGCCAAGCCAGAGAGGAGGAGCGUGUGCCACCAGCCGCCAAAGGCCCGCUUGGUCCUCCGUGUUGCCUUACGACAGAAAAACAAAAUGCACAAGAGUGAAUGAAUGUGGCGUGUCCCCCCCAGUCAACCGUGGCCUCUCGCUCAUGAAUAAAACGAAAGCACAAGA